UGCGUCUUCCAUUCCCACCGGCUUCAUUCAUGAGCACCAUCAUCUGUGAUGCUGAUGAUAACACAAUGGCGCCAUCCUCCAUCGGAUAAAAUGAGAGAAUAAACCGCACCUUUUAUAAGCUCCCGCACGCUACGUAUCCCUCCCUCCCCACGUGACCGCCAAGAUCGGAAACUUACUCUCUCCUCCUCCCUCCAAUCACACCCACACACACCCUCUCUCUCUCGCUGCAAUCGCCGUCGCAUAAUCUUCUCUCCGGCACUUCCCAGGUACUGGCGAUUCUCCCCUUCCCCAUCGAUCUCAAUUUUCGCGCCUUUCUGCGAUUCAUUUUCCUAGGGUUCUCUUUGUAGAUGGCUAAAGUUAACAAGUUGCGACGUGGAUCUGACUCCCAAGCUUUAAGGAUGCCCCGGUACCCAUUAAAGGCUCUUAAAGGCGUCCAUUCAAAAAAGAAAUCUCACAAAACAGAGGAAAAGAAAGAUUGGGAAGAUGCGACCUGUUCAGUCUGUAUGGAGUUCCCUCACAAUGCUGUUCUCCUUCUUUGUUCCUCUUAUAAUAAGGGUUGUCGCCCUUAUAUGUGUGCUACUGGCUCUCGGUAUUCCAACUGUCUUGAACAAUACAAGAAAGCAUACACAAAAGUAUGUUCAAUUCAAAGUUCGCAACCAUGGACUGGAUCAAUGGAUAGUUUAGGUUUGAAUUUAACUGAAGGGGAGCGCAAUGAAAAGACGGAAUUACCAGAGCUUUUGUGCCCGCUUUGUCGAGGGCAAGUGAAGGGUUGGACAGUGGUGGAACGAGCACGGAAAUAUCUCAAUGCCAAGAAGAGAACUUGCAUGCAGGAUAACUGUUCAUUUGCUGGAAGUUAUAAAGAGCUCAGGAAACAUGUUAAGUCAAAGCACCCAUUGGCACGGCCUCGAGCAGUGGAUCCUCUACUUCAAGAAAAAUGGAAGAGGCUUGAGUGUGAAAGAGAGCGGAGUGAUGUUAUUAGCACAAUAAUGUCAUCUACGCCAAGGGCAGUGAUCGUGGGGGAUUAUGUGCUGGAGCCAAACAACGGUGGCAUUUAUAGUGAUUCUGAUUCUGAUUCUGAUCUAGAUGAUUACAUGGAUGAUUUAAGGUUAGGGUCAUUUGAUUUUGGAAUCAUCCCACGGAGUAGGUAUCAAAGGGACUACGACUCAUUGGAUGAGGAUGAUUUUUCGCAUGCUGCAGCUUCUAAUUCUUCUGCUGCACCACGACGUAAUUAUCGAAGAGGCUAUAUAAGGGUUCGAAGGGCUGGAAGGGUUAGGGGGCAGGCGCAUCGUGGAAAUAGGGAAGCCGGGCGAUUUUUAUGAUUAAAACGACCUAAAACUUGGGGAAGACUGCAUUCUACUUUCACAAUUGGUUUUUUUUACUGUAUUCACCGCAUUGCUGCACCUUGUUGUUAUGGGUACUGGUCAGAACUAUUAUCAUUUCAUUGGAAAGUGAGGCAGUUGACCCCGCUGUUUGGUUUAGUAAUAGCAUUUGCUUCUGUGGCCUGAUUUGCACACUGUGAUUAGUUACAGGUUACUGAUUAACAGAUUGUAGAAAAAGCAAAUGGCAGCGCAUUGCCCCCUGGAUAUUUUAGGGCAUUUUCACUCGCAAUUUCCCUCGUAGUAGGUUGUAUGGAUCGGUUAUCAUAAGCCCUUGUAGUAGGUUGUAUGGAUCAGUUAUCGUUUGGUUAUGAUUGUUCGUUAUUUGAACAGGGACAAAAAUUGUGCUCUCAUUUUUUGUUAAAUUCUAAAUUCAGUGCCUUACUGUGUU